UUACUCAUGAGCUGGUUUUAUACUCGAAGUAGAAGAAUAUCACUUUGCAGAGAAUUAAUAUUUGCGUACUAAAUAUAAAUCGUGUUGAGAUUGAUAGUGACAAUGCGGGCGUUGUAUAUGUUAUUAAUUUUAACCGUUAUCGGAGACGUUUUUGAAAGAACAAUUGUCGACGCAAAACCAUAUGAAGUCGAAAGAGAUAGCAAUCCUUCUUCUGGCAGAAAUCUUAAAAAUAGCUUACUAAAUAAUAUAGAAGAAAAUCAUUACAACAUCAAACAUAACUAUGAUGACUAUUACAAAAUUUGCCGUCGUUGCAACAACUAUGCUAACGAUAAUGAUGACGAUGAUGAUGAUGACAUUAGCACUACCGACAAUCCCAUUGACAGUGACGACAGCGACGACAUCGACAUCAUCGACGACAUUGACGACAUUGUCGACAUUGAUGAUUUUUUGUCUGACAGAGAUCCUAAAAAUAACUUACAAAAUAAUAUAGAAGAAAAUGAUAACAACAACAACAAACUCGAUCAUGUAAAAGGCAAGAAAGACGGCGAGGAAGAUGACGACGAUUUUUGUAUUGAUUGCCUACAUGUAUUAUUGCCUACCCAGAUAACAAAAUGCCCGUAUAGUGAUAUUAUAGCACGUGCAUGACUUACGCGCAUAUCACCACACAUAUGUGGUCCUCAUAUGAGACUUAUAUUGCUCGUACGCGUGUCUUUCUUUAUGUUCAUUUUACAUUCGCACGUCCAUGAACAUAAAAUGGACGAUCGUACGUCUUUAGGUAUUUAUUAUUUGGACAUUCAUCAUAGGCAGUAUAAGAUGGCUCAUAUUUAACGUAAUCAGAAAUUGUGACAAGCAAUGUCCAGCGGAUAUUUUGAUCACAGAUUUACAUAAAUAGACUGCUGAUUCAAUAUGAUAGAAAGAGAUUAACCUUUCCGAGUUGUCCUUGUUUUAAUUCGUAUAUAUAUAUCCCGUCCUAAAACGAGUCCCGUCUUAAAACGAGGAAAACCCAGCCCAUAGAAGAUAACCCAGACAGAAAACAAUAACACACUAUUAAGUAGAUAAUAAAAAAGUAAUGGAGAAAACAAGAUA